AAAAACCCUUAACCCACUUUGUGAGUUUGCGUGGAUCAAAAUAGAAGAUAUUUGCAGGUUUCGGCUCCUGAAAAUCGUCUUGAUCACCAAAGAAUGGCUGCUGAAUUUGCUGCUGCUGCUGCUGCCAAUACCGUAGGGAAUCUGGCAACAGAAUACGCAUCACCUUAUCUCACUUACUUUUUCCGUUUUGCCAAAGUUGUUGAAGAUUUCAAGAAGCAGCGACAAGCACUUCAAUCGAAAAAAGAUCAGGUGCAAGGUGAUGUCGAUGAGGCUUUAAGGCAAACUGAGGUAAUUAAGAAGGACGUUGAGGAGUGGCUAACAAAGGCAGAGAAAGAAUUGGGAGAAGCUCAAGGUUUGGAAGAAGAAAUAGAGCGUAACAAUUGUUUCAAUUGGUGUCCUAGUUGGGGCUGGCGAUACUGUUUAAGUAAGAAAGUAGCGAAGAAGACACUUUAUAUCUCUCAACUUUUAGCAGAGGCUUGUAAUUUUCAAGGAGUCGGCCAGCGUCCUCCUCUUCAAGGAAUAGAGUUGCUACUACCCAAGGAUUUCAUGCGUUCCAAAUCUUCAACGUUAGCUUUCAACGGGAUCAUGAAGGCUUUGAAAGGCGAUGGUGUGAACAUGAUUGGAUUGCACGGAAUGCCAGGAGUGGGUAAAACAACUUUGGCGGAAGUAGUACUGAAGCAAGCUACAGAACAAAAGCUUUUUGAUAAGGUUGUGAGUGUUACAUUGUCCCAAACUCCAAAUUUCAACGAAAUGCGAGAAAGGAUUGCAGAACUCUUUGGUUUAAAAUUUAAAGCCAGUACAGAAAAAGGGAAAGCAGAAGAGUUAUGGCGGAGAUUAAAAGGCGAGAAGAAGAUUCUCAUAAUUCUCGAUGAUGUUUGGGAAAAACUUGAAUUGCAUACUAUAGGAAUUCCAUUUGGCGGUGAACACGAAGGUUGCAAAAUUCUCCUCACUACACGUCUUCAACAGGUCUGCAGUCAAAUGGAUUGUCAAGAGGAAUUUAAACUGAACAUUCUGUCUGAAGACGAAGCAUGGGCUUUAUUCAAAGAUAAAGCUGCUCUAAAAGAUGACUCUCCCACCUUGAAUGUGGCAAAGGAGGUUGCUCAUGAAUGUGGCGGUUUGCCCCUUGCAAUCGUAACUGUAGCAAACGCUCUAAAAGGUGAAAGUGAAGAUGGGUGGAUAGCAGCAAAUAAACGACUCAAGAGCUCAAGACAUUUGGAUAAUCAACAUGUUUGUGGACAUAUCUAUAGAUGCCUUGAGCUUAGUUAUGAUUAUUUGGAUCAAGAUAAUAUUAAGCAAUGUUUCUUGUUAUGUUCCCUUUUUCCAGAAGAUUAUGAGAUUACUAUUGAGUUGUUGACUAUAUGCGGAAUUGGUCAGGGAUUGUUCAAUAAUAAUUACUUAAUGGAAGACUUAAGGAGGGAAAUUCAUCUGGCACUAUCAAAACUCCAAAAGUCUGGUUUAUUAUUGGAAGCUAAUGAUAAAGAGCAUGUAAAAAUGCAUGAUGUGAUUCGUGAUUUUGCUCAUUGGAUAACAUCGAGAGGGGAAAAUAUAUUCAUGGUAAAAGAUGGGUUGACGGAAUGGCAUAUGAGUGAAAGGUUUGGAUGUUAUACGGCAAUCUCCUUGUGGAACAUUGAGAUCAAUCAUCUUCCUAACAAAGUGGAAUUUUCAAAACUCAAGACUUUGUUUCUCAAAGGAAAGAAUUCAUUGAGAGUUUCGUGUGCCUUUUUUGAAAGAAUGACAACCCUCCGAGUUUUACUUCUCCAAGAUGUUGUACUCACACUGGAAGCACUUCAAUUCUUGACAAAUCUUCGAACUCUGUGCAUUAUAAAUUGCGAGCUCGAGAACAUUUCAUCAUUGAGGAAUGUUGAAAACCUUGAGAUUUUUGCAUUGCUGAAGACUAAUAUUUAUGAGCUACCAGAAGAACUAGUGGGAUUGUAUAAACUAAAAUCACUAUAUUUUUCUUACGAUGGAGUGCCACACAGCUAUUUCCCCUCCAACUUGCUACCAAGGUUGGCCUCACUCCAAGAGCUACACGUGACAAGUAGAAACAAUGCUAACUUAUUGGAGCUUAAUUCAUUGACUGGUUUGACUGCAUUAACACUGUCAGUUUCUACUGAUCAAUGUUCUCAAGAAAACUUUGUGUUCCCUAAACUUCAAAACUACAAUAUAGUUGUAAAUUUUGAUGAUAUUGAAGAUUCGGCAGGGCUGAGCUUGAGAACCUUGAGAAUUAGUGAUUUCUCAUCCUCAUUAAAUGCAUUUAAGGAGCUGUUUUGCAAUGUGGAAUUAACUUCUCUUGAGCUUAUAUAUUGUGAAAAUCUGGAAUGCUUGAUCGAUACAACACGAGAACAAAGUCCAACCACUGCAUUCUCUAAUUUGGUGAAGUUAGACAUUAGAUUCAUGACUUCUUUGAAAGAGUUGUGCCAUGGUCAAUCACCGAUUAGCUUCUUAAAAAAGUUAGAAACAUUGAGCAUUGUCGAUUGUAAGCAGUUGCAAUCAGUGUUUCAAAUGAAUUGGCUUUUUGGAAAGGAAGAAAGUCCGACGUGCACAAUUUCCAAUUUAAGAAGUUUGAAGCUGACGUUAUUGCCAGCAUUAGAGAAUAUAUGGAAAGAGCCAACUCAUCAUGUAAGGUUACAAAGUCUGAAGGAAUUAACAAUUGAUGGUUGUGAUAAACUGAAAUCUAUCUUCUCACCUUACCUUGUUCAAAGUCUGUUGCAUUUAGAAACACUUGAGAUAUCUAAAUGCGAAAAAUUAGAGCAAGUCUUUGCUUUUGACAAAGAAAUGGCUGACCUGAAGGUAGUACCACUCUCAAAUUUAAGAAGGUUGAAGCUGCAGUCAUUACCAGCAUUGGAGAGCAUAUGGAAAGGGCCAACUCAUCGUGCCAUUAGACUCCCUUGCCUACAAGAUUUUCAACUUGUAAACUUGAUAAAUUUGAGUUCGGAAAACUUUCUCAUCUCAUCACCAUCCUUAGAGAAGUUGGAAGUUUGCAACUGUCCUAAAUUGAGAAAUUUCACUAUUCAAAAAGAAGUUAAUGAGCAAAUUCAGCUAGAGGAAUUAUAUCUCUCUGAGUUGGUAAAUAGCUUUCAAUUGCUUAUUUCAGCCAACUGCAAUCAAGAAUAUAUAGCAGUUGGGAGUCAUGAAGAGGUAUUUCAGAUUCAUGGGCGUAUAAAGAAACUCCACCUGGAGGAUUUAUUUGAAGUGCAAAUUAUAUGGAAGGAUGUCGCUUCAGUUGUAACUCUUAAAAACCUUACAAUUCUGAAGGUGAUUGAUUGCAAGAGGCUAAGAUAUAUAUUUUCACCUAUGACCGUUCGAAGUUUAUCACAGUUGGACGAGCUAUAUAUAGAAAAAUGUGAUGAAUUGGACCAAAUCAUUGCUGAGGAUCAAGUUUGUUCAUCAUCAGAUGGUGAUCUCCAACCUAUAAGCUUUCCUAAUUUGACCAAAAUUGUUCAAUAUUGCAAAAAGUUGAAACGACUCUUUCCUCUUGGAUCUGCUCGUUGUCUUCCAAAACUUAAGCAAUUAACAGUUAGAAGUAACUCUAAAUUGGAGCAAGUAUUUGAACUUGAAGAUGAAGCAGAGGCGACAACUGAAAAGGAGAUAAAGUUUGAUCAAUUAGAACAUUUAUCAAUUGGAGAACUGCCAAGCCUCGUUGACUUUUGCCCAAGGGGAUAUCACUUUGUGUUACCGACUUUGGGGCAUUUGAAUGUAAGAGAAUGUCCCAAGAUGACUACAGGUUUCUUCAUAGAUUCAAAGGAAUAUGUGCACGCCAAAACAGAGACACCACAACUAGUUGAGCAAGACGCCAUUGAAGGGAUAGGCAUUGCUCAAAAUGUAGUCCAUACUAGGACCAUAUUCUGGUGGAAGGACAUUAAUGGUGUGCUACCACCUUGGAAGGAAGAACUAUGAGAUGAUUGCAGGGGAAGUUGCAAAGGCAUGUUUAAACAUCAAUGAGUACGUUGGGACCGUCAACUAAACACAGAUGUUGGCUUUGUAGAGUUAUCAAGAGCAGGGAUCACUUGCUUUCAAUCAUUUAUCCAAUCAAUAGUAUGUUACUCUCCAUAUGUACAAUAAGUAGAAAAACAAGCCUAAAAUUCUUCUAUUUCUUAUCAUUAUUUUUGUAUUUUAAAUUAAGACAUGGAAAAUUAAACUUUAAUUUCCAUAUACAAGCUCAAUAGAUAAUGCUUACAAUAAGAAUUAUUAGAAGGGAUUGGAUCA